AUGGUGGACUCCGAUCAAGCCUCACACUCACGCCGGGGCAGGAGCUCCCGAGCACAGCCCAGCAUCGACGCUAGCCACAACUCGGCACUCCCCAAUCCGGGCCUCUCGAUCUCGACCGACACGAUUCACACCAGACAUGCCGACGAGCCAGACAAUGAUCAACAGAAUUCUGCUCGACUCGACUUUCGAUCAGCGCCCAGUACCGCUCGUCCACGCUUGGUCGAAAGGCGCACCAUGUCCGCCAAAUCCGAGAUUAGGCGCCUCUCUUCGCUCUUCGUACCUCCCAACGGAGCUCAGGCAGAGAUUACAGCUCCCACACCGUCGUCCUCGCGCCCUAGCUUCUUCUCAAGAGCUUUACCUGGAGCGCUGUCCAGUCGCGCUUCUCUCGCUUCUCUCAGAGAGCCACGCAGCCCCAUGCGCUCCUUCUACGAUGGUCUCAAGGCGCAAGGCGCUCCUGGCGCUCGCAACCGCCGCAAGAGGCACUUGCGUUCCUACGACGACGCCAACUUCGAGGAUGAGAUGAAUCUACCCGGGGCCGGCGGCAAUGGCAUCCGUGUCUGGUACGAGUCCUACACCACCAUUGACUGGAUUCACGACGCCAUCAAGGAGAGCUCCCGUCUGCGCCGCAUCCGCAAUCUCAAGGGUAUCCGCGGAUUCGCCGCCAACGUCUGGGAUCGUCUUCAAGGCUGGAUCAUCGUCACCAUCACCGGUGUCAUCACAGCGCUCAUCGCUGGAUGCAUCGUCAAGUCCGAGGCGGUCCUCUUCGAUCUCAAGGACGGCUACUGCGCAAAAGACUGGAAGCUUGCCAAGCGCUUCUGCUGCCCCUACGGUGGAUCGCCCGACUGGGACCAUCCUUCGCUCAAUGCUACCGCUUGGUCGUAUCGGACGCCUUUCCUGCCUCACGCCGCCCUUUCAGCCUCGCCUUCUACUGCGGAUGCUUUCGGGUCGAUGGUCUCUGGUCUCGGCAAGGGCAACCGCAUCCUCAGUGGCUGGGCAGCGCCCGUCGCUGGCAGUCCAGCCUGGGCCAGGAUGGCCGCUUCUUCUGCUGCAGGCGCUGUCAACACGACACUGUUGAAUGUGAUGUCACCUGUCGAUUCUGAAACCGAGGCCUGCCCUGGCUGGAUCACUUGGGGUCAAAAAUUCGGCUCUUUGAAGGACAGCAACUGGUUUGCCGGCUACGCCAUGUACUUUGUCGUCGCCGUCCUCUGGGCAUCUAUCGCCAGCAUCCUCACCAUCUAUCUCACUUCAAGCGAACUCUACCUCAAGGACGCGGAUGCAGCCUUACCCACUGCCAAUAUGGGUAGCCAGAAACGUGACUCGGAGCAGCAGCAUGAUACCGGGGAUGCUAUGGACGAGCCCACCGAGACCACAGCCCUUCUCGCUCAGCAGCGCAACGGACAGGCAUCACGAUCACGAUCUCCGGUCGUGGCGAUGCAACAUCCCGAUACCGCGACGUCGAGGAACUUUGCUCGCAUCGCCAACGACCAGCGCGCUCAGAACGCCAUCCUGCCUAGAAAGGUGCUCUAUUUCGCCACGGGCUCGGGUAUCUCCGAGGUCAAGUGCAUCUUGAGCGGCUUUGUCAUCCACGGCUAUCUUGGCUUCUGGACGCUCUUCACCAAGUCGGUCGGCCUCACUCUGUCGGUCGCUUCGGGUCUCUCGCUCGGCAAAGAAGGCCCCUUUGUGCAUAUUGCUUCCUGUGUCGGCAACAUCGUCUGUCGUGCUUUCCCCAAAUACGAGAACAACGAAGGCAAGCGUCGCGAGAUGCUCUCGUGCGCCUGCGCAGCCGGUGUCGCCGUGGCUUUCGGUGCUCCCGUCGGCGGCGUGCUCUUCUCCCUCGAGGAAGUGAGCUACUACUUCCCCGGCAAAGUCAUGUUUCGCUCCUUCUUCUGCGCCAUGGUCGCUGCCGCCGUCCUGCGAGCCCUCGAUCCGUUCGGCACGGGCAAGAUCGUGCUUUUCCAGGUCACCUACGACAAGGACUGGCACUUUUACGAGCUCCUCUUCUUCAUCCUGAUCGGCAUCUUUGGUGGACUCUACGGUGCUUACUUUACCAAGCUCAACAUGUUCUGGGCCAAGAACGUCCGCGCAAAGACCUGGAUGGCACGCCAUCCCAUCUUCGAGGUGGUCGUCAUCACGGCGGUCACGGCUGCGUUCUCCUUCUUCAACGGCUACACACGCAUGGGCGGUGUCGAGCUCAUCGCCGAUCUGUUCAGCGAGUGUCACGAGCACGAGUCGUUAGAGGGACUCUGCGUCUCGCAUCCUUCGCAGAUCGGACCCCUCGUGAUGGCCGUCUUGAGCGCCAUGGUGUUGAGGGGUGCGCUGACCAUCAUCACGUUCGGAAUCAAGCUGCCCGCCGGUAUCUUCAUCCCGACUCUUGCGGUAGGAGCCUGCUUCGGUCGCAUCGUCGGUCUGCUGGUGCAGUACGUACAGUGGACGGAUCCCGAGAUCGGCUUCUUCAGCUGGUGUCCUGCCUCGGACUCGGCCUGCAUUGUGCCCGGUGUUUAUGCUAUGGUGGGAGCGGCAGCCGCGCUUUCGGGUGUCACUCGCACCACCGUCUCGCUUGCUGUGAUCAUGUUCGAGCUUACGGGCACGUUGACGUAUGCAGUGCCCGUGAUGCUGGCUAUCUUGGUGGCCAAGACCAUCGCAGACGCCCUCGAGCACAAGGGCAUCUACGAUCUUGUGAUCGACUUUUCGGGGCUGCCCUACCUCGACAGCAAGGCCGAGUACAUCUGGAAUGGCGUUGACGUGACGGAUGCGAUGGAGACCGAGGUCGAGGUGAUCUCUUUGGAUGUCGACAACACGGUUCAGUCGCUGGGCGAGAAGCUGGAUCGCCUGGCCAGUGGAUCUGGAUACACCGACGGCGGCUUCCCCAUCGUUUCCCGCAGCACGCCCAUCGCCUCUUCCGCCGUGCCACCUACGCCGGCAGACCUGUCGGCGAGCAUCGGAUCGAUGACGGAUCACAUCCCGCCCACGUCCGGCCACGAACCCUCGAGCGCAGCACCGUCCGCUCACCUCAUGGUCGGCUACAUAGCAGCGAGCGAGCUAGAGCAUGCCCUUGGCCGAGCGGCCCGCUCGAACCCGGAGACAAAGCCCGAAUCGACACGCGUCUCGUUCAAGAAUCUCCCCUUCGUCCGGGCAGAGCGUGAGGGAGCCGCCCGCGUGCGCGACUCGGUCUUGUUCACCGGUUCCGACCCGCUCGAUCUAAGCAGGUAUGUCGACAAGGCGCCCAUCACCGUGCAGAUUCAUUCGCCGCUCGAGCUGGUGCAUCAGUACUUUGUGCGCUUGGGCGUGCGGUACCUGAUUGUGGUGGAUGAGCGCGGGCUGUACAGGGGCAUCAUCUUCAAGAAGAGCUAUCUCAAAUUCUUGGCCGAUCUGGAGGAGGAGCAGGGAAAGGGGCAUUAG